AGAAAAAAUAAAUAAUUAAAAAUAGUUGAUAAAAAAAACUUGAACUUGGACUCAAUGGCCCAAAGGAAAAAAAAAGUGAGAAUUGAAUCUGAUUUCUUAAUCGGCCCAAAUGGCCCAAGAGAGAUCUGAUGUGGGCUGGAUCCGAAAAAAUGACCCAAUAUAGAUGUGUUAUUAAUAUUACUUGAUUGCCCUUAAUGAAACAUGCAGUGUUAAUAAAGAAAAUGGCAGCUAAAGUAAAAAAGACAAUAUGAUCAUGCUUUAAUAGUAUAGAUGUAUAGGUUGGUACGUUGAUCGAAUGUCUUUGCGUUGAAUGGUUACUACCAAACAUAUAUAUGAACAACGCUAUUGUUCAGAAAGAAAAGGAACAACGCCAUAGAAGUAACCCUUUUUUCAAAAGAAAAAACAGCGCUAUAGAAGUAUUUAUGAAGAUGACAUAUUUGAGUUAUUUCUGAAUUGCAUCAAAUCAAAGCUUAUUGUUGCAUAAAACACAAAAGGCCAAAAACACAUGCAACUGUUUUGUUAGAUAUCGGCAGCGUGGGCAGGCCCCUUUCAAUAUAGUAUGCCCCAUAGAUUUGAUAGUGAUUUUUUUGUUUGGUUCCUCGAUAAGCUAGUUUCUAAUAAGGGAAAUUCGAAUGAGUUUUAUUUGUAGUUCAUUGACUUCAUGUCUAUUGAAGGGUCCCAACUUAUAAAAAUAAUGUUAAACUAUAUGCAAAAGAAACAAAACAAAUAAUGAGAUAUAUAUAAGCGCAUCAUUGCUUUUUUUUUUUUAAUUUUGUUGCAAAGUUUCCUUUUUCUGUUUGUCACUAAUUUCUUAUUUUUUCUGGUUUGUUACAUAAAGAAGUCUCCUUUCUUUUGGUUUUAAAGAACGAAUUUUAUUAAUAUAAGCUUUGUAGUUUCUCUCUCCUCUUUUAAAGACAUUCUUAUCUCUAAUCUUGUAAUGUUGGAUUUAAUUUGGGGUAAUUUUGUAAGAGUUUAGCUUUGAUCCAUUUGUAUCAAUAUUAGCCCAUGGGCUUUUUAAUAAAAAUGUUGAAAAAAAAGAUUUCAUUUUCAUUUUUUUUUAUGUUUAGCCGUUUAGGUGUUUAGGUCGGCGACAUUAAUUUCAGGUGAAAGGGAAUAAUUUUAAAUUUACUUUUAUUUUUGAGAUUCAAAAUUCUGAGGUUUACGAAAUGGGCCUUUUGUCUUGGCCCAUCGGCUUUUGAAAAGAUAUAAAUUUCAAAUUAAGGGAACUAAAUGAAAUCGCUAGAUAAUUAGCCGUUUGAAAGAGGAUCUUCGUUUCGAUUUGUGUUCUCCGUCUUCCUCCCCUAUCUCUUCUGCGAAAGAUUUGCCCAUGGCCCGAGGAGGAUGCAGACUCCGAUCAUUGUAAAAAAUCAGGUACAGUCUUCUACUUGUUUCUCACUGACUGUUACCUACGCGGAUAUGAUUAAAUUAUUUUGUUCAUCAAUUGUUGUUUCCGUAAGUUUUUUUUUUUUUUUUUUGGUUUGUACGAAAGCGCCUACAGUGUUGAUCACGAAGAACGCAUCUAGAAAUCUUCGCUUCGUUUUGUGGCUUCUUAUUUUGAAUCCAUUUUUUUUGUUUUUCGAUCUGUCUUUUGUCUUAAGUUUUCAGAACAUAAUCGCAAUUUUAUCGAUCGUUUCUUCAAUCGAAUAUAUGAAUCCAUGGAUCAUGCUUCUUCUUUUUUUUUUUGUAGGAAGGAAGAUACAGAGUUUGAUCACAAGCGAAGCUUAUAGUAAUCAUUCACGGAACUAUUGAGUAAUCAAGCCCAAGUAUGUUAUUUUUCUUCUAUAGUUUGAUCUUCAAACAAGUUCACGAAUACUUUUUAUUAGACGUGUUUGCGUUUUUUUCACCUUUGACGCAUAACUUGUCACUAUUACGAACUAGAAGUCAUAGAGAUUCAUGAUUCUUCUUAGCUUUUGCAUAACUAGUUGCGAUUGGUAGCAUUUUCAUCACAUGAAAGACACUGUGUUGUACUUGCAUCGUUUUCUCUUUACUGAUCAUAUAUUCUUUCGAUUAAUCUGACAUGUAAAAGUGGAAAACUAGCAGAUCAGAUCAGGUAUAACUAUCGUAUCACGUCUUUGAAUAAGUAUCCAGUUGGAGCAAUCGAGUUAAAACCAGACAAAGGUUAAGAGUUAAUAAGUGUGUCUCUAUUGGAGAAUGUGCAGUCCAAAUAUUAUCAGACUUUUGAGAUUUAUGAGACUUUACUUGAAGAUACGUUUACUGUCUGUGGAGUUGUUCUGAUUGUGAUUUUACACUUCUGAGUUCCUAUGUUUCUGCAUCUAAUUCCAUCUAAUGCAGAAAUAACAUAUAAAAAAGAUAGAAGGAUGCAAAAGGAUUGUAAAAACCUUUGAUGUCUAUCCAUUUGGGUACAGUUUCCGAGAUUGGCCACUCAGACUAAGCUGGUGACAGAGAGCGAGAACUGUUGGAGAGCACUGGCUUGGAACCCCGCACUAAAUAUCUGCAAACCAUUGCAAUGCAGGUGACUCGCCAGUGGAAUUAUACAAUGCAUGAGAGACAGCCAGCCUCGUAACAUUUUGUAAGUUUUAAUCCUUAACUCUUCUUAGUGAUUUCUUCUGUUUAGACAACCUCAUAUUUUCUUCUUAUAGAGUAUUACGUUAAUAACCCAUGCAAUCAUGUGAAGCUAUCAUGAAAUUUAGAAACCAAAUUCUAUAAGGUAGAUGGACUUCCUUUGAAAAUACAACUCUUCACGCAAAGUUGCCAAUUUAAUAGAAAACUUCUAGAGUGUCAUCUUCUUGUUUCUGAAUAAAUCAUUCUGUCAGGUAUAAGAAUUUAUCUCACUAUACCUCAGUUCAUUUCUUUUAAUGUCAGUAUGAUGUAGCAUUUGCGCCUUAAAUCCCGGAAGCAAGAAACUAAUCUGUAGAAAAGGGCUUGAUUACGAUUUGUAAGCUUUUGAUGUGUUCUCAGAUCAGAAGCACAUACUGUAUGCGCUUAUUUGCAGAAUCAUUGCGAAUGGAGCUCUAAAAUGUCUCUGAGAUAACAUCUGGAAUUACAUUUUCAAGUUUCUUUUAGUUUCAUUGAGUCUCAUGUAUUUGCACUUAGCCACUAUACUGAGUAUCUUUCAGACACCGUUUUGCCUAUUUCAGGUCCAUCGCAAAUGUUGGGCUAAGAGAAAACCUCUAGAGUGUCAUCUUCUUGUUUCUGAAUCAAAUCCUUCUUUCAGGUAUAAUAAUGUUUCUGAAUGUUCCCUUCUUUUUUAUUAUUGUUUGUCGUUUGAUUUUUCUUUGAAGAAUCUCCUUUUUUGGUCUCCUGUUAGAUUUAUAAUUAGAAAAUGCUCUUCCAUUAAGUGUUUCGAAGUGAGGAAAAGGCUUUACGGCCAUCAGCACGAUGCUCAACGCAGUGACCCCAUUUUUAACAUUGCUCAGUUGAAAGAAGCUUCAGAGGAAAACAAAACAGAUUCAGGUGAAUAGCAUCCCCUAUGUUUGUUAAAGGCAUCACGGAGUCUCUCUGUGUCAUCCAGUUUCCCAUUUUCUUGUCUACUCAACAUAUGCAAUGUCGUAUCUCUCAUACAUUGUUUUGCUUAUUUAAGGUCUAUCACAAAUGGCUAAGAUUCUCGUUCAUGAAGUUCAACAUUCUGUCAGUUAUGUGUCUUCCCUAUUCUUAUUAUGCUUAGUCGUUUGACUUUUCCCUAUUCUGUCAGUUGCAUUCUCCUUCUUUCUCCUGCAGUAGUAAAAUUAAGAUAUUGUUAUGUUCUCAAAUCAGAAACAUGUACAUAAUGUAGCACCUUUCAGAGACCGUUCUUCCGUUGAUGUCAAGUCCAUCGCAAAUGGAGCUCUGAAAAUUUCUGAGAGACAGCCUUUAGAGUGUCGCCUAGUUUCUGCAGCUUUUAAUCCUUCUGCCAGAUAUGUUGCCUUCCUCUUUUAAAUAGACUUUGUUUAAUGAAAUUACAUUCUCAAUAUUUCUUCUGUUCUCUAUGUGAAUCAAAGUUUUAAUUUACUUCUGAUGCUUUAGGUAUGACAUCACUUUAGAAGGCUAUAUUACUCGGCUGGAGACGUCAGACAUGAAAACUGAGCAAUGACCGUUUUGCUGAUUAGCACCUUUUUAUAACAUAUUGACCACUCAGACUAAGCUGGUGACAGAGAGCGAGAACUGUUGGAGAGCACUGGCUUGGAACACCACACCAAAUAUCUGCAACCCACUGGUAAAUUUUUAUCUAGUCAAAUAUUUUAUAUACCUUAAAUUAAUGAGUCCUUUUUGUGCAUGUUAGUGCAUCAUUAAGAACUGAAGUCAAUAGCUCUAGUCUUCGGUUACAGAGAAUAAUAUUGAAAGUUUUCAGCCUUUUAUAUGUUCUCUAAUCGCUUAUGUGGAGGUCAGUCGCAAAUAGAAUUCUACAAUGUAUGAGAGAAAACCUCUAGGUAUUUAUGCUCAAUAUUUUCUUUUGUUUAUGCCUUUAAUAAUAGCACGUUUGAAAGUAAUUUUGUUUGAAGCAUAUAACAAAGCAGUUCAAAACGCUGUUUAUGCCUACUAAAUCUUUAAAAUAAUUCAGGCUUUUGUGGUGAUUUUAUUGUGCAUUGAUAGAAUAAACUACCCACUUAUCUUAACGCCACUAUGUAAAGAAGCUGAAGAUGCAUCUUCCGAUUGCUAUGUAAGUAAUCCAUCUUGCCCUCCGUUAACUUUUAAAGCACUGAGAAAGCAACAUAUAUUAAUAUGUAGGUUUUUUCUUCUUCUUAUAUAGUAGCACGUGUUAAUCUAUGUGAUAGUGAAACAUACUCAGAAACUAGUUGGAGAAAUCAAGAUUCUUUUAAAGUAAUCAAUUUUAUAGUUUAUUGAAACUGCCAAUGUGAGAAUUCACUUCAAAUUUAGUGAUCUUUUUAUUGUGAAAUUUCAGUUUAGUGAUGUGUGUGUCUGCUUUCUCUUUCGUCUUAGGUAGUGGUAAUGGUGAUCUCAUUUGCCUAAACUUCCAUAACAAUAAUGUGUGCUUAUCAAGAGUAGCAUAAAAUUAAAAUUCCUCUGAGUUUCAGCACAUGUAGCAAUCAUUAGGUAUGCUAUAUUGGGUUCAGGGUUCAGUAUCUAUGGUUUGUUGUUGAAGAUGUUCACGGAAUAGCAUGAACCUUUGGUAUAUCUAUUUGAUCAGCAAACUUAUGCUAUAUUGGGUUUAGUUUACAAGGUAAAUUAAUUAUUUACUCAGAAUCUAUUUGGAAUUUUGGGGGGUUUCUUCUGUUGCGAGAUAUUAUUUCGUGGGUAUAUUCAUAUGUUUUCUGUUUUACCUUCUAGUGCUGAAAAACAGCACAGAGAAGAACCAGGAACUGGAGCAAGAACAGAUUUUUUGGAAGAACAUGAAAGAUUUUGAAAUUUGCAAGCAAUGCAGGUCACUCGCCAGUGGAAUUAUACAAUGCAUGAGAGACAACCUCAUCUUACAGUUCUGUAAGUUUUAAUCCUUCUUAGUGAUUUUCUUUUAUUUAUUCUUACCAAGGAAGAUACGACCACAAAACGAAGCUUCUAGUAAUAAUUCAUGGAACUUUUGAGUAAUUAAGCCCAGGUAUGUUCCCUUCAAUCCUUUUCUUCUGCUUAUUCUUUUGUUUUUGCUUCUAUAGUUUGAUCUUCAGACGUGUUUUCAUCUAGUUCAUCUUUGACGCAUAACUUGUGAGUAUUUCGAACUAGAAUUCAGAGAUUCAUUCUAACUUGCUUUGCUUUUGCACAACUAGUUGGGAUGGCCGAAAAAUGGGAAACAUUACGUGUUUACUCAGUUAUAUUGAAGAUAAGUUUAUAAGCUACCACUUAGCCACUCAUGAAGGAGAUAACUAUAUAAUUCGAUCAAACCUAGAAAACAACAUACUGUAUAGUGUACACGUUUUGUCUAUUUCAGGUCCAUCGAAAAGGGAGCUCUAAAGUGUCUGGAAUAAAUCUCUGGAAUUUUAUCUUCAGGUUUCUUGAAAUUUCAGUGAGUCCCAUGUAUUUGCGCUAAGCCUCUACAUUAUAGUAUCUCUCAGAUGGAGCUCACAAAUUGCUAAGAAAAACCUCUAUGUCAUCUUCUUGUUUCUGAAUCAAAUCCUUCUGUGGAGUUUCUGAACGUUCCUAUUUUUUAUUAUUGUUUGUCGUUUAAUUUUGCUCUUAUAGUUCGAAGUUACAUUCUCCAUUUUGUGGAAAAUGCUUUUCCUGCAAGUUUAUAGAAGUGGCUGAAUGCUCUUCCUGUAAGUGUCAAGAACUCGACGCUGUUUUGCACUUCCUAUUGAACGUUUUCUGAAGAAGCGGGUUGAAGGAAGCCUGAGAGAAAAACAAAACAGAGUCUCUUUGCCUGUUUAAGGUUCAUCGCAAAUGAUUUUGGUAAGGUAUGUGUCUUCCCUGUUUCUACUAUUCUUAGUCGUGUGAUUUUAUCUUGUAGUUUCAAGUUGUAUUCUCCUCUUUUCUUCUGCAUUAGUAAAAUUUAAACUUUUGUUAUGUUCUAAAAUCAGAAACACGUCUAUAAUUCCGUACCGUUCAGGGACCUUUAAACAUGACUGAGAGACAACCUUUAGAAUGUCGUCUUCUUUAUAUUCUUUUUUGCUCUUAAAGUUUGGAGUCAACAUAACUUCAUGCAUCAUGGACUCAUGCAUAUAAGACCACCUAUUCGUUAAUAUCUAUUGCUUACAUGCUUGCGUUCAGGCAUACAAUCCCUAUAAAUGCAUAGGCAUCCUUGCAUAUAUAAUAUAUUCUUUGUCCAUUUCUUCCUUCAUCACUUCGUUGCUUACAUGCGUAACCUGUUUACUUGCUUCCUUUGCUUACUUCCUUGCUUGUUUUUUUUUCUCUCAACUUGUUUUCUUGCUUCCUUCCUGUGUUACCUAAUUGCUCGCUUCUCAGAUUUCUCUGUUGAGUUCAGUUUUUUUUUCUGUUUAGUUCAUUGAUUAUUUGCUACUUGAUUUUGUAAGUGUUCUCACUUACUCGCACGCUAACUAGCUGUUCUUUAAAAUCAUCAUUGACCAAUAUAUUUAUUGCAAGAUCUAUAUUACAUUAGUUUUAGUUCAUUUAUUUAUUAAUUUUGUCCUUAAUUACUUGCUUUCUUAAUUCUUUACUGGUUCGUUUUCUUGCCUGCUUUGUUAGUUGCUAGCUCUCUUAAUUACUUGCUUUCUUGAUUUGUUGCUAACUUCUUUGCUUCAUUCCUUGAUUCUCUGCGUGCUUGUGUUUCUUUCUAAUUUUAUUUAUUUCUUGCUUGCUUCCUUGUUUUUCUUAGCUUCAUGCUACUUUUAUCAUUUUCUUACUUACCUUCCUUACCUACUAGACCUUUUUAACUUCUUUAUUUCCUUACUUUGAACUAACCCUCUAGCUUAAUAUAUUUAGAUACUUCUCGGUUACUCGUUGAGAGUAGCACAGGUGGAGACUCUUGAGCGUCUAUCAAGGAAACUAAAGUACUAGUUCAUCAACAAUGCCUCCACAUGGAUCAUCUCUUUUGUGAAGGCCUAUGAUGAUCAUUCUUUUUCCGUUACUUCUUCAUUCUGAUCUCGUUUGUAUCUAAAUAUUUUAUUUGACUGUUUUAAUUAUUCAGGGUCUGAGAUCAGGCGUUUACUCUCUCUGCUACCAUGAAACAGGUCCAUCUUUUUCAUGCAUGUCUCAUACCAUCUGUCGUCUUUUUUAUGUAUGACUCAUACCAGCAACUCUUUGACAAAUAUUUUUCGUCAGAUGUGAUGUGUUAUCUUGUGCAUGUUAUGAAAUGGAAGUCAGAGAUUCAUGCUUACUUCCUUAGAUUUUGCAGAACAAGUUCAGGAUAUGAAUCUUCAACCAAAAGUAGUUCGGAUGGCAGAAAUGGAAGAAUUACGUGUUGAGGUCAAAGGCGAGAGUCUGUUCACUUUCAGAUAAGUUCGCUGCCUGUGGAGUAGCUCUUUGACGAUGAUUUUGUAUUGUAAGUUUUUGAUGUGUUCUCAAAUCAGAAGUACAUACUUUAUACGCUUAUUUGCAGAAUUAUAGCAAUCGGAGCUCUAAAAUGUGUGUGAGACAAUCUCUGGAAUUCCUUUGAGUCCCAUCGCAAAAGCUCUAAAUGGCUACGAGAAAACAACUAGCCUGACAUCUUCUUAUUUCUGAAUCAAAUCCGUAUGUCAGAUUUAUAAUUAGGAAAUGCUCUUCCUGUAAGUGUUUCGAAGUGGCGGAAGGGAUUUACGACCGUCUUUAAGUUUACUCAGUUGAAUGAAGCCUCAGAGGAAAACAAAACAGAUUCAGGUCCAUCACAAAUGGCUAAGAUUUUUGUUCAUGAAGUAACAUUCUGUCAGAGACCGUUCUGUUGAUAUCAAGUGCAUCGCAAAUGGAGCUCUAAAAUUUCCGAGAGACAUCGUCUACUAGUUUCUACAGCUUAAUCCUACUUCUGCCAGAAAUUACAUUCUCAGUAUGACAUCACUUUAGAAGGCUAUAUUACUCGGCUGGAGACGGUCAGACAUGUGGAGCUUGAGAUUGGCUACUCGGAUUAAGCUGGUGACAGAGAGCGAGAACUUUUUGAGAAAACUGGCUUGGAACCCCGCACUAACUAUCUGCAAACCAUUGGCAAUCAAUGCAGGUCACUCGCCAGUGGAAUUAUAUAAUGCAUUAAAAUUUAAGCUUUUGUUACGUUCUCAAAUCAGAAACACGUACAUAAUGUCGUACUUCCAAUAGACCGUUAUGUAUGGAGCUCUAAAAAUUUCUGAGAAACAGCCUUUGGAGUGUCGUGUUCUAGUUUCUAAAGAUUAAUCUUUAUGCCAGAUAUGUUGUCUUUGCUCUUUUUGAUAUGCUUUGUAGAAUGAAAUACAUUCUCACUAUUUCUUCAGCACAUGCAAAUUUCGUUCUCUAUGUGAGACGUUACCUUUGGAAACUCCAUAACAAUUUAUAAUUUGUUUUUGAUGCUUUAGGUAUGGCAUCACUUUAGAAGGCUUUAUUACUCAGCUGGGGAUGUCAGACGUGUGAAGCUUGAGGUUAGAACAUGGCAAAAGAAAGAUCCAGUCGUGGAAGCAGUGAUGAAAUAUGUCAUCUUAUUAGCGCUCAGUAUGUUACUCUGAAAACAGGAGCAAGAAAAAGAAACAGGGCCUUCCUUUAUCGAUGGUAACCUCAUACAUCAUGGAUUCUUCAUGCAUAUAAGACCACCUAUCCAUUAAUGCUUACUUGCUUAUUCUGUUUACUUCAUUGCUUGCUUUUUUCUCAACUUGUUUUCUUGCUUCCUUGAUUACUCCCUUAGAUGCUUUACUUGCUUGCUUCUUUGUCUUUUGGUUCUUCUGUUUAGUGCAUUGUCUGUUUCUCUGACUUAUUGAGUUCAGUUUUUAUUCUCUGUUUCUUUGAUAUUUCUGUUUAGUUCAUUGAUUAUUUGCUACUUGACUUUGUUAGUGUGCUCACUUACUCGCACACUACUAGCUGUCUAACAUGAUUUUUAAGAAUCAUCAUCCAAUAAAUUUAAUUUACUAUUUAUUACAUAACUUGCUUUUUUGAUUCUUUACUGGUUUGCUUUUUCUUCGUUAUUUUCUUUCUUUGGUUCGUUAGUUACUAGCUCCCUUAAUUAUUUGCUUUCUUGAUUUGUUGCUUACUUUUUUUCGCUUGUUCCUUGAUUCUCUGCAUGUUGUCUUCUUUCUUAUUUAUUCCUUGCUUGCUUUCUUGUUUCUUUGAUUUCCCGCUUACUUGCUGCAUUGAGUUGUUUACUUUAUUACUUGCUUCCUUUUCUUCUUUGCUUUCUUAAAUACUUGAUUCCUUCCUAGCUUAAUGAUUAUUUUAUCAUUUUCUUAGUUUCUUCAUCGCUUAUUUAACUUCCUUACCUUCUGGGCUUGUUUAACUUUCUUUGCUUAAUAUCUUUAGAUACUUUUCGGUUACUAUUUGAAUGUUGUACAGGUGGAGACUCUCUAGCGUCUAUCCAGGAAACUAAAGUCCUAGUUCAUCAACAAUGCCUCCACAUGGAUCAUUCUCUUUUGUUAAGGCCUAUGAUCAUUAUGUUUUUGUUACUGCUUCAUUCUGAUCUUGUUUGUAUCUAAAUAUUUCAUUCUGACUGUUUUAAUUUUUCAGGGUCUGAGAUCAGACAUUUACUUGCAAUGCAACCAGUCACUGAACCAGGAACCUUAUGAGUUCUCUGGCACCAUGAAACAGGUUUUGCAGAACAAGUUCAGUAUAAGAAUCUCCAACAAAACUAGUUUGGAUGGCAGAAUAUUUGACGAACUACGUGUUGAGUUAAUUACAAAGAAAAUAAUUAUAAAAGGUAUCACUUAACAGUGUUUCAAAAAAAAAAAAAAAAAAAAGGUAUCACUUAACCAUUCGUGAAAGACGUUGUGUUGUACUUGUAUUGUUUCCUCAUUAAUGAUCACCUAUUCUUUUGAUUAAUCUAACAGUUUUAGUGAAAAUAAGUAAGAUCAGAUCAGGUAUUCCGGUCAUAAGAACGUUUUGAAUAAAUAUAUGUAUUAUUGGAGCAAUCGAAUGACGCCAGACAAAUGUUAAAGAGAUGUAUAUGUUUUUGUAAUGCAUUUCAGGUCAAGAGCGACAAUCAGUUCACUUCACAGUAGUUGUCGUGAUCCCAUUUGGCAUUAGCCCUGAAUUUGAAGAUAAGUUCACUGCAUGUGGAGUUGAUCUUUGAGAUGAUUUUGUAUUGUAAGCUUUUGAUGUGUUCUCAAUAUCAAAAUCACAUAAUGUAUAUGCUUAUUGGCAGAUCCAUCACCAGUGGAGCUCUAAAUGUCUGUGAGAUAACAUCUUCAAGUUUCUUGAAGUUAAGUCUGUGUCCCAUGUAUCUGUCUUCAAUCUUUUCUUCUGCUUUUGAUUUUAUAGUUAUAAAUUUCGAGCUUUUGGCAUGUUCUCAAGUCUGAUCCACAUAUACAUCAUCGUAUCUCUAAGAUUUCGUUUUGUCUAUUUCAGGUCCAUCGCAAGUGGAGCUCAAAUAUGGCUAAGAUACAACCACGAUACCGUGUCAUCUUCUUGUUUCUAAAUCAAAUCCUUCUGUCGAGUUAACAACAUGGAAAAAUAAAAACCCAGUUGUGGCAGGUUUGCACCUUUUGUCCUUAACAGGUCUUAAUGUCCAAGUUACUAUACCAAUCAAAUAUGGUAUAUGGCCUAACAUUCAAAACCUGUCUCUUAGACUAUGGUGGCUUGGAACUCCGCCUUAAGCCUCUGCAAACCACUAGUCCUUUAAGAACAGCAGUCCAUAGUCUGGAGAAAAAAGGCAUAAACGGUUACAGAGAAAGGCACAAACUUAUGGAAAAGAUAUAAUCACGAAUGAAGCUUUCUAGACAUCAUUAAGGCCAGGGAACUACAGAGUAAUCCUACCAAACUUUGUAAGUAUGUUCAAUCAUUUUCUUUUGGUCUUUUGAUUUUGCUUGUAUAGUUUGAUGUUCUCUCUGUUUCCUCUGCAGCAACAGAUUCCAUAGUCUGAUGUGAUGUAUCUCAGAGAAUGUUAUAUAUAGGUUCUUCUCAAUCACUUAAAUUUUCAUUCACACAUACAUACAUGUGUGCAUACAUGUGUGCAUUCGGACAUAUUGCUUUCUUGAUUCUUUACUGGUAUGCUUUCUUACUUUCUUUGUUAUUUUUAUUUUUAUUUUUAUUUCUUUUCUUCGUUAUUAUCUCUCUUUGCUUUGUUUCAACUGUUCCUUAGUUCCCUGCGUGCUUGUUUUCUUUCUUAUUUGUUUCUUGAUUCCUUGCUUUAUUGUGUUCCUUUUUUGCUUCCUUCCUUGUUUUUCUUUGAUUUCGUGGUUCCUUGCUGUAUUUACUUUGUUACUUGAUUUACUGGUUUCUUGCUGUAUUUACUCGUUGUUUACUUUCUUACUGCUUCUUUGUUCAUUGAUUUCCUAAAUACUUGAUUCCUUACUAGCUUCCUGCUUUUAUCAUUUUCGUACUUGCUUCCUUUGUUUACUUGGUUAUCUUACCUACUGGACUGCUUUAACUUUCUUACUCAGAACUAACCAUAUCUUUAUAUAGUUCUCGGUUACUGUUUGAAAAUAGCAUAGAUGGAGGGUAUAGAUGGAGACUCUUGAUCACUAAGGAAAGUCUCGUUAAUGAACAUCGCUUCCACAUGGAUCAUCCCUUUUGUGAUGAUCAUUCUGUUUUUGUUAUUUCUUCAUGCUGAUCUCGUUUGUAUCUAAAUUCUUUUAUAUGUCCGUGCUAAUUAUACAAGAGGGUUAGAUCCUGCCAUUUACUAGCAACCGAGUCUCUGACACCAUGAAACAAGUUCCUUUUUCAAGUACGUAUUUGCCAAAUAUUUUUCAUUAGACAUGUUUGCAUGUAGUCCAUCUUUGAUACCUAACUUGUGACUAUUACUAACUAGCGGUUGGAGAUUCAUGCUUACUUUCUUAGCUGUUGCAGAACUAAUUUGGAUGCCAGAAAAUUGGAAGAAUUACGUGUGUUCUUUCAAUUACGAAGAAAUAAGUAUAUAAGCGUUUACGGAUGUACUUGACUUGUUCAUCGAGUCUCGCCACUGUAUCGUUGAGUUCAUCCGCUGCUCUGGAUCUUCGCAUCGUAGCUCCGAUUGUCCUUGCCUUGCCAUCUUCGAUCGAUGAUCGACUUAGCUCACUGCACCAAAUGAUAGGAAUCAAAUUGUGUUUGUAUAUGAAAUUUGAAUACGAGUACUGUAUACCUUCUCUUUACAAACAAAUCUCGUAGUAGAGCCUAAGACUGGAGUUACACUCUAAUCUUUUUCUAUCCACUCGAUAAAAACCCCACCCUCAACAGUACUUGAUUCAUCUUAUUUAUACUAGCAAGCUGGCCUAACUGCCUAAAAAAAUUGUAUAACGGCAUAAACAACUGGCCCCCACAUUCAAACUAACUUUCCCGCGUCUCUAUUCACAGAGCCAGUCCUAAUUAUUAUGUGGCUAGAAGCCAAUUAAAAAAAUGUGGCUGAUGUCCCUCGAACCCGCAACCUGAAACACUAACAACACUAGACAAACCGCUGAGAUACUAAGAACGUUAUGUCCAGAUGUGGCCGGUUAGAGUGAUAAUAUUUGGUGGCCGGAAGCACCAGCUUCAUUGGCUUCCCUCCAAGACCGGCUCUGUCUAUUCAGCUCCCUCCGCAUCAUCAGCUAUCUCUUCCUCAAACACUGCACUUCCAGACACUGAAGCUCCUUUUCCUUAUUUAUUCUUUAGUCUCUGCCUCACACAAUGCUUCCAAGGCCUAUCAGAACCACAGCGUUUAUUAACCUCACAUUAGAACAGAGAGUAUCAUCUUGCAUCAUCUUCUACUUGAUCUUCCAACGAUGCCACACAAAUGAAGCAUUUUGAUCAGUCUCAUGUGUAAUACAACAGCUUGUCUUUCGAUCCUCAAAUAAUUAUUGAAUGGAAUGUGAUCCACAAAAUGAGCAGAUCUGUCCCCGACCUCAAUGAAAUCUUGGUAGAAUACCCAUGUGGUUUUAUUUCGACGAUGCUCUUUCCAUUGAACAGGAAAAUGGGUUGAUAGAUAAAGGAUCGAAGACGAGGUGAACAUAGGUCUAGAAGAUAAUCCACAAAGGAUCGAAGAUGAGGUGAACACAGGUUUAGAAGAUAAUCUAAAAGGGAAGAUAUAUCAUCUCGAAGAUGUUGGAUUCGUGCAAUGAAGGUGGUGAUAGAGAAAAGAGACUUGAGGAAGAAGAUAAAGAUGACUUCUUAUUAAUAUCUCAAAAUAGCAAAAAGGCGUACGUAAACGGUUUGUGAACCGGUUUAUUUCUACUAAACCAAAAUACACACAUAAAAUCUCUAAACCGGAAUUAACCAUAAUUCAUGUCACAAGGAUCACAAAGCUUACAGAUAUUAACGGAAUAGUGUAGACUCUGCGGAUAAGAAAAAGAGGCUUUCUUUAUGUGGCUCAUAAAUCAUAACUGCAUAGAGAACUUCCAUCUUUUUUUUUUGUCAGCAACAUAAACGGAAUAGUGUAGACUCUGCGGAUCUAAAAUAGUAGCUCCACAUCUAUAUGGCUACCAAAAGACAGUUGCUUCCUUGCACUGUGUGCAAGACUGUCUGCGUUUGAAUUAUGCGUCCGUAGUAUAUGAAUGAGCUCUGAGCUGUUGAAAUUUCUCUUGAAAACUUUUAUGUCUUUUAAGUAACUUCCAAAGGUUAACCAUUUUUCUGAUUCCGAAACAAUUUUCACCAACUGAGAACAAUCCAUUGCAAAUGUAACAGUGAACUGUGUUAGACUCGUCAUACACUUUCAUCGGUUAGAAUCCAUCAAAGUUUCUAAAAUAUAAUAAAAUAAAAGUAUUAGUAAUAUAAUCAUUCAUUUAUAUUUCAUUUUUUAAAACCAUAUAAAGGAUUUAUUUUCCCUAAUAGAAUGACACUUGUCCCUUAAAUUUGUAGACAAUUUCUUAAAAGAUUUUAAUUAAGAACUAGAUUUUGACCCGCCUUUAAAAGAGCGGGUCUAUUUUUUAUUUUACAUUUUUUUAGAAAUUUAAUUUUUAUAUUUAUGAUUUUUAAACAUAUUUGUGUUUUUUUUUGUAUAAUAUUUUUGUUAAAUGAUUAAAAAGAGAUUUUAAUAAUUGUAUUAAAAUAGUUAGACCACACCUAUAUCAAUAGGUCAUGUUGCUAUUUUAAUAGAAUAGAUUUUUGCUCUUUUUUUUAAUUUGUUAUUUUUUUAAAUGAUUAGAACUUCCUGAUAUUACUGUUGCAGAAAAGACGAGUAAAUAGAUAAGGAUACACAAUUUUCAAGUGGAGAGGAAGAGUAAAGAUAUUGUUGGGGUCAAAACCGGUCACGACGGAAUCAAUGCCUGAAAGUUCCCGGAAAACCAAUUCUCGAUCGAUCAUUGAAAAUUAGAUAUUCCAGAAAACGGUUAAUCAAGUAAAAGACAGUUUUUCGCGGAUGCGAACCGAAGAACGUCGAGAAGAGUAUCAGUCUGGAUGAGGUCUCAAUCGUAAGCAAGACCGACCACCUCGCCCUAGGGCGAGGACCGUCUCAACACGGGUCACCUUGCCCACGACCCACACCGAGGUCACCUCGCCCAUGGGCGAGGACGAUCCGCGCCGAGGUCACCUCGCCCAUGGGCGAGAACGACCCACACCGACGUCACCUCGCCCAUGGGCGAGGACGACCCGCGCCAAAACCGUGCAUCCUCGUCUAAGUUCCUGUAACACAAUCCUCGGGCCCUUGGACACAAUAUCCAUGUCUCGUCUCACUUAGGAUUAUCAAAGAAAGACUUCGGGAAAAGUUAUAAAAACUUGGUCGUCGAAACGGAUUUCUGCCUGCUGUAUAAAACAGCUAUGGUUAGCUUGAACACCAGUUGCCUUAACUAUACGGGAAAUUGGAAUCCUUUUGGAAAAACCAACGGCUGUUUUCUAGGAAAAAUCGUAAAAACAUCUAAGCCCCAAAAAGGCCCAAAAGGGGCCUGAACUGCAGCUAAACGGCCCACUUACGAUUUUAGAACAGGAUUGAGCCCAAGACUGAUAUGACGGUCUAUUUUUUAUUUCGCAGGAAAAGAUAUAUGUCAAGUUUCCGAAGAAAAUCAUGAAGGGUGACGAAAAAUGGAAAAGCCCAUCUCGCGACGAAUCCGGCUCAGGAAAAGGUGCAAACCGACCUAGAGAGAGUAUAUAAGGAGGGCUUAAGGCGAGGAGCAAGAGGGAGCUUUCUGAGAGCAAACUUAAUACUUAGAGCAAUUUAGGCAUUUUUUCGUUUUUACUAUCGAGCUGCGACUCGACUAGGUUAGAACUUAGGUGGCUAGACUAGUGAACGUACCGACAGCUCUCUGGACUAGGAUCUUACCUGUUGUUCACGCUCAAACGCGCAUUCAGAAAUAAGACCUCUUUGUUCUCUUUUCCCUCUUUUAUGAUUAUUACUUUUGACUAUUUCAUAUUGAUUGUGUUGUGCGUGGCCCAGCAGAUAACCGGGACCUUCAGGGAAGGCUAGAUUAGCUUGGCUUUCCUCCGAUUAACAAAUCUCGAUGGUGUCAAUUCCAGUUCCCACAGUUUAGCGCUAGAAGGAGGGGGUACGGAUCUAUCUCUCACGCAACCGGGCACGCUCAGUCAGGUAUGACGAUCGACGCUGCAAAGACAAGAAAACGCACGACGGGACUUCCGUCAAUGCCAACGCUGACAGAACUCCAGCUGGAAACGUAUCCAUGGUCACUACAAACGCCGUGAUACUGGACCAGAAGAAAGAAAUGUUCGCCUUCGCUCAGAAAAAGUCGAAUGAACAAGGAAAGCUCGUGGCCUCUCUCGCAAACCAGGUGGAAACCUUAACGGCAAAGGCCAAGCGUAAAAAUCCGCGCGGGGCCACAAGAGCCCGCAGCGGCAGAAGACUCGAUUUCGAGACUCCGAGCGAUCGGGCCACACAGGCAGACAAGGAUUCUUCAGGUCAGAACCCUGACGAAACAGUCCCGCCAGGUGCACAACUGACCGCAGAGAAUCUUCCACCUCCCGCCGGGAGCAACGAAGGAGGCAAUAUCGAGCGGAUCGAUCUGGACAUAAGCGACCAUUCCGAUCACUCGGACGGAGGUGCCGACGUCCAUCCGAGAAGAACGCGAAGCCAGUCCGCUCGGCAGGAUCCGUCAUUCGAAAAGCCCAUGACAGAGGAAGAAGAAAACCUCUAUUGGGUAGAGCAGGAAGAACUGGCCGAGAAUCAAGCUCGGAUCCACCGCAGCCAACGCCAACAGGCUCGCAAGGCUGCUAGAAAUCCUGAUGAGAUCCAUGAUCUCCGCGAGUACAUCGCAAAAACUGCGACAGAAGUCAAGGCGGUAAAGUCACAGAUUCACCACGCGACAAGCGCUGCACCAGAAAUCGACAGACUUCUCGAGGAAGCGCGGAAAACUCUGUUCAGUGCCCGGAUCACGGAAACUAACAUCUCAGAUCCUGGGAAGAUCAAAAUUCCCGUCUAUGAUGGCACCACCGACCCGAAGGCGCAUAUGCAGUCUUUCCAGAUCGCGAUGGGAAGGUACAAGCUCAAGGAACGCGAACGAGACGCUGGCUACUGCCUCCUCUUCGUCGAAAACUUCAAAGGAGUCGCGCUCGAAUGGUUUUCUUGUCUGAAACGAAACUCCAUCGGAAGUUUUCGUCAGCUCGUGUUGUAGGCACAGGGGGGGUAACCCACGAAUUGGUAAAAAUGGUGGAACCAAGGUUUAAACCUGAAAACAAAGAGAACCAAUUUUUAUGAGUUUUUAGAGUUUUAUAAUGCAAACAGAAACAAAUAUGAAAACAAAUGAGAUGAUGAUGAUAAUGAUAAUAAAACAAGAUAAAUAAACAAAGGAUAGGAUGGAAUCAGGCUGCUGGAUGUGUAUCACUCUAAGCUUGAUCAAAUGAUGGCUUGAAGUGGAUUUGCGGAGGAAGGUUUGAUUGAAUCUCUCAAUCUGAUGGAAUGAUGGAUCGAAGUGAUUGACUCUCUCAAUAUGUGUACUGAGCUUGUUUGAUUUGCACAAACAAACUAGACUCACGAAAUCAAUAAGACAACAAAGAAUCUCUCUUUGAAUCCUAAAGACCGAUAUUUUAUACAAAGAACAACUUUGAUAAAACUGAAUAAACUUUCUAUUAACUUGGUGAUUAAGGGUGUCUCUUUACAAUGACUAUCUAAGAGCUUAUAUAAUGCUCUGGAAACUAAUUCUAACGUUCAUAAUAAGAAAAGAAAGGAAACAAAUCAAGCAAACUAACAAAAUC